GAGCCACUUACCAACUCAGGCAAGUAAAUAAAAGUUAUCCGCUGAAAGCCGUUCAAUGUGCCUUGUUAGCUUGCUUGGCUUGGCUAAGUUGGCUUGUUGUGGUGAGGCAUUUUCUGUCCCUCGUCAACUCUCAAGCGGAGCCUGUCGCUGUCGCACCGUAACUACCGUCCUUAUCCAUACAGACAGUCCAGUGCUGAUGCAUAUGUCCUCUCAUUAUGCCCUGGCCUUGUACGUGUCAGGUCUUGCACUUGCAGCGGGUCUCGAGUCUGGAACAUCGUUAGGCGUUAGCAUGGCAGCUUUCGCCAAGCAAUUGACCAAACAAGAGGAGCAGUUCAUGUCUACCUGCACCUGGACGACAUGAAUGAUCAUGGCCUGAGAGUUCUCAAUUGAUCUGACAGGGGGGUUGUUUGUUUGUUGGCAGCUCUUUUGCGUCGUCGAGCUGGUCUGGCAUCAAAUGAGUGUCACAGGGCUGAGCGAAAAUGUCAUAUCUCUUUGUGCUCCGAAAAAACGUG